GCAGCAUCGGCGCCGCUGCUCACAGUCACGGGAGGAAGUGGAACAACGUAAUCGACGGGGUGAACGGGGAGGUGGUGUCCAUCUUAUUUACACCGGUGAGAGCGCUAAACUAGUCAUCUCUCGGGGUUUUCUGAAGAAUAAAAGUUGAAACACGGGCUUUAGAGAUGAGCAGUUCAGAGGAAGUGUCAUGGAUCUCAUGGUUUUGUGGACUGAGGGGAAAUGAGUUUUUCUGUGAGGUGGAUGAAGACUACAUACAGGAUAAGUUCAACCUGACGGGGCUCAAUGAGCAGGUCCCCCAUUACCGCCAGGCCUUAGACAUGAUCCUGGAUCUUGAACCAGAUGAGGAGCUGGAGGACAACCCCAACCAGAGUGACCUGAUUGAGCAGGCUGCUGAGAUGCUGUAUGGACUAAUCCACGCACGCUACAUCCUCACUAACCGAGGCAUUGCACAAAUGUUGGAGAAGUAUCAGCAGGGUGACUUUGGAUAUUGCCCUCGUGUUUAUUGUGAGAAUCAGCCAAUGCUACCAAUUGGUCUGUCAGACAUCCCAGGGGAGGCCAUGGUCAAACUGUACUGCCCUAAAUGCAUGGAUGUCUACACACCAAAAUCCUCCAGGCACCACCACACAGAUGGAGCUUAUUUUGGCACGGGUUUCCCCCACAUGCUCUUCAUGGUUCAUCCUGAGUACAGGCCCAAAAGGCCUGCCAACCAGUUUGUCCCAAGACUGUAUGGGUUCAAAAUCCACCCUAUGGCCUACCAGCUGCAGCUGCAAGCCGCCUCCAGCUUCAAGAGCCCAGUCAAGGCCAUCCGCUAAAGCGUCCAGGGCUGGGGUGGAGAAGGAUUCCUAGAGAGAGAAAGAAAGCAGGACAGAAUUACCAUCAGAAGGGAGGGGUCACCUGCAUUUUACAACUUUCAUAUGCCCCCUCCCCAUCCUGAAGACUGUAUUAAUUUGGUUUAGAUUAGGACAAAUGGAAAAAGUGUAAAAAUUUGUUUGGGUGUGAGUGUGACGUACAUCACACAGCCAUGAUCAUAAUCAAAAGACACACACACACACACACACACACAAACAAAAUGCAUCUGAACUCUUGGGAUUCCAUACCAAACUCAUCUGUGCCAAAAACAGGAUGUGAAGUAAGAGGGGAAAAUACUUAACAAUACAAGAGCUCCAUGCUGCAGCCACACUUUACUCAUACUACAGCACACAGGUUGUUGUUUUUUGUUUUUUAUUGGUGGGUGAGCUUUUAGAUGGAAAGCUGGAAAAGUGCCCCGGUCGUGUUGGUUUUCACCUCUGGCUCUCCUGUGUUUUCUGUAUUUGGCACAGUUUGGUUAAAAGGUGGUGGUAAACCCACUGUCAUUUAAAGCUCCCUUCCCCAUCAUCCCCCAGUGCAUGUACACUCAGGCUGGCACUUGCUGAGACAGUUUGGACUGAGGCGUCAGGUGUUUUUCUGUAUCACUUAUUUGUAAAAUUUGGUUUGUCUGAUGUUUUGUGGAACUGUUGCCCAAAGCAUUUUGUUCAAUUCGCCUUAAGAUGCAGAAAAAACACUGAUUGCUUUACUUUUCGAGAGGCAUGAGCAGUUGUUUUUAAAUUUCUUUUUACUCUUAGAGGAUUUAGAAUAGAAAUAAAUAUCCUUUACACACAAUUCAGACAAUUGUAACUAGCCUGUGUCAGUUCUCCUGCUCUGUGUUGGUACCCAAGUGAGAGUAACCUGUGCUACAGUUUUUCCAACAGGUGUCUCCCUUGAGCAGCAGAUUGUAUUGUCCACCUCCCUCGUAGCUGCAUCUCCCCUGAAGGAAUAGUUUGACAUUUUGAGACCCAUGCAGGAAAUGGGCUAUAUAUGUAAUGCAGUUUUUUUUUUUCAUAGCAAAUAGGUGUUUGGAACCAAGCUAAGUUAUCUUGAGUGGUAAGUGAUCAGUCUUUGAAAGCAAACCUGCCUCGAAAGGUCAAACUAUUCCUGCAGAGCUUGAGGAGGAGACUCGGACAGAAGAAUCUGGACAAUCUGAAUCCUUCAGCUCACUCCACCACUACACUGAUGCUACUGGUGUCUCCACAGCACAGUCUUAUUUAUGUUCAGGUUUAGAGAGACACUGCAGCUUGAUUUUGUUUUAGAGCAGAUUCUCAGUUGCUCUCCCCCUUCACUCUUCAUCCUCUUUCCUUUGAUGCGCCUGGAAUAUUUUUCUUUCAUAAAACAAAAGUAAUAAUGGUAUUUAAGUGUCCAGAUUUUAACUAAUGUAUGUCUGUAUUGUGUCUCUGCUACGGUGGAAUGGUGAGCAGGAUUCAGAAUUCUCAAUAAACUUCUAUUUUCUUUUCA